CUCAGUCCAGGUAGGUAUUUAGCCCAGCGACGAUGGAAGCCGCCGAGAUCUCCCGCCCCAUGGUCGGCACCAGCGGCGCGCCCGUGUCAGGCUCGACCUACCGCAAUAGCGAGUACACGCGCGAGGCCAUGGAGUCCUCGCGCCUCACCGAUUCGGGAGGCCCGCGCGAGGGCUCCAUCUACGGCUACGGGCCGGCCGGCCAGCGCCAGACCGAGAUGAAGCUCAUGGCCGUCGAGCCCGACCUAGGUGCGGCGCCCGAGCGCAAGCAGGACUACAAGGGCCGCAUCCGCACGUGGCCCGGGCUGCUGCUACUGCUCCUCAUCGUGGCCGGCGCCGUGGCGCUUAUCACCAUCAACGCCAUGGACGUGCAGGACCAGAUGACGGUCAACGCCGCGCGCUACGAGAACGCGGCCCAGGACAAGCGCAAGAUCAAGGACGGCAUGGACGACGGCAACGUCAUCAUCUCGGACGAUGGCCAGGUGGGCAACCCCAAGAAGUACCCGGACAUGGGCUGCGAGCUGCCCGACUACCAGAGCAAGAACGGCCAGAUCUUCGCUGUGGCCAAGAACGGCACGGAGGUGCCCGUGGGCAUCAAGGGCCUCAACUGGUUCGGCAUGGAGACGGGCCUGGCCAUUCCGUUCGGCCUCUGGGAGAACAUGGACAACGGUACGUCAGUGUACGAGGUCGCAGCGUUCUUGGCCCGCAACAAGUUCAACAGCGUGCGUCUGCCGGUCUGCAUCAAGAACAUCCUCAAGGACACGGCCCCGGACAAGUCGCUGAUCAACUUGAACACGAACCGGGCCAUCAACAUCACGUCGUAUAUGACGACCAUCCAGACAAUUGUGGAGGCCCUCGGAUACCGUCACAUUACGGUCAUGAUCAGUCUGCACACCUUAGAUACGAAGAAGUCAGGCGGCGCCUGGUACAGCGAAGAGCUCGGCGUUUCGGAGGACGAUUUCCUAUCGGCUGUGGACACGCUCACGAAGAACUUGUGCACGUCCAAGUACUGGAACAUCCUCGGGCUCGACCUCAAGAAUGAGCCGCACGAGUGCAGCUGGGGCGGUGACGAUCCGGACUGGCAGAAGGGUGCGACUUUGAUUGGCAACCGAAUGCUGGAGGGCUGCCCCAACUGGCUAGCGUUUGUGGAGGGUAUCGCUUCCAAGGGCACGAUCACGCUCAACGGUGAGGAAAGAACCUACUUCGAUUGGUGGGGCGGAGGUCUGGCUGAUGCCGGGGGUGACCCGAUCACCUUCGACAUCGAGAACAAGCUCGUCUGGGCUCCUCACUACUACAACACGGGUGUGAGUCCGGCCUGGUACCUCUACAAGUCCGGUACGCAAAAUGCGGAGGGCGCCCUGGAAGACUAUGUGGAGCUCGACGACGAGACGCUGAAGAACAACGUCGAGAAGACGAUGGACAAAAUGUUCGGCUACUUGCUGGGAACUGACACCAACACGGCCAUGGUCAUGGGCGAGUUUGCCGGCCUGUACGGUAAGGACAAGCACCCAAUGCUCACGACCAAGCGCACCACCGACUUCACGAUCGAGAUCAUGCUCAAGGCCGGAUACGCUGGCGGCUACAUGUGGUCGCUGAACCCGGAGAGUGCGUACCAGUACAAUCCGGCCGACACGUACGGCACGUUUACGGAGGGCUUGCUGGAGGACGACUGGCUCACUCCCAACAAGGUUUUCGUCGAAGGUAUUGCUGCUCUGGACACGAUCAAGGACCUGAGAAUGUUCCCGUGCUUCGAGGUGGAGGUGGAGAGCGACGAAGGCUCCGAGUAAGUUGAAGGGGGAUACAAGUCGUCCGUUUCUCUAUUUUACCUUUCAAUCUUGGGAUAUGGUAGCUGCAUUCCGAGUAAUGUAUCAUUUUUGAGCCUACA